CGUUUGUCAUAUCAGGGAUUACACGAAAUGUGCAAAUGGAAUCAGUUGGUAAUAGUUAUUUUUCUCCUAGUGCCACGUAGCCACUGUCUUAAAAAUAACGUUUCUUCAGUGAUUAAAACAAUAGACCACAUUCUUUUGCGAUUAGAGAGUUACCAAAAAUCUCUUCGCAUUGAUCAGCAGUCAUGUAACCAAAGUUCGCUUCCAUUGCAAAGAAAAGGAGUUGAUUCUAAAUUACAGGAUGAAGGCUCUUCUUUAUUGCGGAAGACACAAACGUACUACAAGAUAUUGAAGGAAAUUUCGAAACAUGAGUGUGAAAAUCGAAAUAAUGAAAAUUUCAAAAGAAUGAGAUCGCCGAGACAUGUCCCUAAUUCACACUUUGCUUAUGUACUUGCUCCUGCUUCUGUUCCUGCUCCUAAUCCGUAUCCACAGCCCUUACAUUGGGGUCCACCAGGCGGAUAUCCAUCAUGGUGGUAUCAACCACGACCUGAACUACCCGCACCUCCAUGUCCUGGACCACCCGCACCUCCACCUUAUCCUCCGUCUGUCAUACCCAACCCACAACCUCCAGGACCAGUAUUCUCAUCAUGUCAUGGACCACCUUUAGUUUAUCCUCCGCCUGUCAUAAUUAACCCACUAGGACCGUCACUUUUGCCUUCACCUGGACCUUUCCUUUCCAAUCCGAAAGGCGUAGAUCUCUCUAAUUUAAGGAAUCUUAAUCUUAAUCUUGUGGGUAAAUAAAUAAAUAAAAAUAACAAACAAGA